UGAACUCUGAAGGAAGCACGCAGAGGAGUGGGAGCAAGAGCUUGGUCACUCUUGCUCUUCUUUCCAGGAUUAUUGGAGAGAAGUCCUCGGAAGUUUAGGAAUUACAUUUUGGUCCUUGAUUUUGUGAUUUUUGAGUUUUAGGAGGGGUUGAAUGGAGAGGAAGCAAGGGUUUUUCGCUGCGCUGAAGGAGGAGGUGAUCCGGGGACUAUCGCCGGCGAGGUCGCGGGCGGGGAGUCCGGUGAGGAGUGCGUCGCCGAUGAGAGGGUUGUUGAACCCGCGGCGGAGGAGAGGGCGGCAUGCAGCGUUGGAUUCGGGAGUGAUGGUGAGAAUGGGGAGUUUGAGGCCUGGAGGAGAGGGACUGGCGCCGUUGAUGGAGGGGCCGGACGGUGAUGAGGGUGGCGCCGGAGGUGGGAACGUUGGGGAUGGGAGGAGGGAGGGGUGGGGUCAGUGGAUGCGAGGUCAGCUCUCGAGGACGCCUUCAGUGUCGGGAGGAGGAGGGUCGACGUCGUGCCGGCGGUCGGAUCUCCGGCUAUUGCUUGGCGUGAUGGGGGCGCCGUUGGCUCCGAUCCAUGUUAGCUGCGGCGAGCCGCUGCCUCAUCUCAGCAUCAAGGACACCCCCAUCGAGACUUCUUCAGCUCAAUAUAUAUUACAGCAAUACAUGGCAGCAUCCGGGGGGCAGAAGCUGCAAAGCUCUAUUCGAAAUUCAUAUGCAAUGGGAAAAGUUCGAAUGCUGGCUUCGGAGUUUGAGACUGCAACCAAAGUCAUGAAGACAAGGUGUUCAGCUGCAGAGUCUGGUGGUUUUGUUCUUUGGCAGAUGGCUCCUGAUAUGUGGUAUGUCGAGCUUGCUGUCGGUGGCAGUAAGGUGCAUGCUGGUUGCAAUGGUGAGCUUGUUUGGCGCCACACUCCCUGGCUUGGCGCACACGCUGCCAAGGGCCCUGUUCGACCUCUCCGACGAGCUUUGCAGGGCCUUGAUCCAUUAACCACAGCAAGCAUGUUUGCCAAUGCCAGAUGCAUCGGUGAGAAGAAAGUCAAUGGAGAGGACUGCUUCAUCCUCAAACUCUCAGCUGAUCCUCAGACACUGAAAGCUCGAAGCGAGGGCCCUGCUGAAAUCAUAAGGCAUUUGUUGUUCGGUUACUUCAGUCAGCGAACUGGGCUUCUUGUGCACAUGGAGGAUUCACAUCUGACUCGUAUUCAAUCAAAUACCGGCGGUGAUGCAGUUUACUGGGAGACAACUAUAAAUUCAUUCCUCGAUGAUUACCGCUCAGUUGAUGGGAUAAUGAUCGCCCACUCGGGGCGAUCAGUGGUCACAUUGUUUAGGUUUGGGGAAAUGGCAAUGAGUCACACAAAGACCAGAAUGGAGGAGGCAUGGACCAUCGAAGAGGUUGCGUUCAAUGUCCCCGGGCUUUCAAUGGACUGUUUCAUUCCUCCGGCCGAUAUAAGAAACGGGCUGAUCAGUGAAGCUUCUGACAUUCCUCACGGAGAGCGGGGAAAGAGGCUCAUUGCCCCAUCAAAUCAUCAGGUGAAAAUUGCAGCAUUGGAGAAGCAACAAGAUACCACCAAUAACAUAGUCUGGAGGGUGGAAGUUUAGUAGUAUUAGUGUCUUACUUUUAGGAUCACAAACAAGUCAAAAUUUGUUUAUAGAACUAGAGUUUUAACUAAGAUUACUGACUUGAGCUCUAAUACUAACUGUUUGUAGCUCUUGUUUGGAGUUCAAGCAUAGAUUUGUAUUCAGAUUUCAGAACUUGAUGUACUACCACUUCUCUCUUAAUUUGAACUUCUUGUUUC